AAUAAAGAAUAUGUUUUUAUCAAAAAUGCUUUAUCGAUAAGAACACCACAACAUUGUUGUCUGUCUGUAAUCAAGGGGCGCAGGUGCAUCUCCCCAAAGCCUCAUGAAUAUUCUCACUUGGUUCAUGUGCAUUCACAGUAAUAACACCAUUGGAUACCAGCUGCUGGUACAGAAUGAUGCAAAAGAGGGAUUCUCCCAGGAUCUAAAGGAAUAGUUUGAUCCUUUAAACCCGCGUCGCCAAGGAAAAUAUCUCGCAUUGUGAUCUGUUUUUUUAUUUGAUUAUUUCAGAAAUCCCUGUUAUUUUAACAGUUGAUCUUUAUUUAGACAUAGAUUUGGUUUACUAUCCCAAUUUUAAAGUAGCUUAGUAGACAUUUCACCCCAUUGGAUAUUUCCAUUCUAGAAGAACGAAUCGCUUGGAUGUGCGCCUGAGACAUUCAUAAUACGGUCCCAAUUGAAGGGAGUCGACCAGAAGAGACCACCACUUAUUACCACCGAAAAGACUAAAGCAACCUACUGCACUCAGGAAUACACCAGGACAGAAUGGGACAUGCAAACAGAAGCAUAAGAGGAUACACUUUUCUGCUUUGGGUUGCCGCAGUAUUGUUGUUAGUGGAAAGCCGAAGAGGGAAACACCCCAAAUGCCCCCCUGGUUGCACGUGUACCAAAGAUAACGCCUUGUGUGAAAAUGUGCGAUCUGUGCCACACAGCUUUCCUCCUGAUGUCGUCUCACUAUCAUUUGUGAAGUCUGGAUUCAGUGAGAUUGCAGGAGGAAGCUUUCUCCACACACCAUCCCUACAGCUUCUAUUGUUUACAGCCAAUUCUUUUGACUCGAUCAAUGAAGAUGCUUUCCAAGGUCUUCCACAUCUGGAGUAUCUGUUUAUUGAAAACAACAAAAUCGAGUCGAUUUCACCCCGUGCAUUUAGAGGUUUGAAAUCUCUCAUACAUCUGAGUCUUGCCUACAAUAAUCUUGAGACGUUGCCCAAAGACAUUUUCAAAGGAAUGGAUGCUUUAACAAAAGUGGAUCUCAGAGGAAACAUGUUCAGCUGUGACUGUAAGCUGAAGUGGCUGGUGGAGUGGAUGUAUAGCACCAAUGCAACAGUGGACAAGUUGUACUGCAGUGGGCCUCCACCCUAUCAAGGGAAGACGAUAAACGACCUAGUUUCUCAGUCAUUUGACUGCAUUACAGCAGAGUUUUCUUUAAAGACGACCCUUUCAUUUGAGUCCAUAUCUGUAGAGGCCUUUACAUUUGGGAAUGAUCAAUACGUUGUAUAUGCCCAGCCCUUCUCUGGAAAAUGCAGCUUUAUGGAAUGGGACCAUGUCAACAUGGAUUUCAGAGCUUAUGACACCAUAGAGAGCACUUCCACUGUGGUGUGCAAGCCAAUGGUCAUCGAUAACCAGCUUUUCAUUAUUGUUGCUCAACUAUUCGGUGGCUCUCACGUUUACAAAAGGGACAGCUCUGCGAACAAAUUCAUCAAAAUCCAAGACAUUGACAUUCUGAAAACCAGGAAGCCCAACGACAUCGAGACAUUCCACGUGGACGGCGAGUUCUUCUUCGUGAUAGCAGACAGCUCGAAGGCCGGCUCCACCACCGUGUACAAAUGGAACGGCAACGGCUUCUACUCCCACCAGUCCCUCCAUCCCUGGUACCGAGACACAGACGUUGAAUACCUUGAAAUCACUGGCAAAACCCACCUUAUUUUGUCUAGCAGCUCCCAGAGGCCUGUUGUCUACCAGUGGAGCAAGAGCCACAAGCAGUUUGACCGCCGGACUGACAUUCCCGAAAUGGAGGACGUCUACGCCGUCAAACACUUCAAGGUGAAGGGGGAGCUGUUUAUCUGUCUGACGCGCUUCAUCGGUGACUCCAAGGUGAUGAAAUGGGAUGGCUCAAUGUUCAUGGAGAUACAGACAAUGCCCUCGCGGGGUUCCAUGGUGUUCCAGCCCGUCUCCUUUGGCAACUCUCAGUACGCCAUCCUAGGCAGCGACUACUCGCUAACCCAGGUCUAUCAAUGGGACAACAAGAAGAGUCAGUUUGUGCACUUCCAGGAGCUCAAUGUCCAGACGCCAAGGGCUUUCUCGCUAGUGUCCAUUGACAACAGAGAGUUCCUGUUGUCUUCUAGCUUCAAAGGGAAGACACAGAUUUAUAAGCACUUGAUGAUUGACCUGAGCAAUUAGGGUGUGAAUUUAAAACACAGAGAACAAGACCCUUACACACACAUACACAAGCCUGUUGUGAAACUACAUGCAUGAUCUAGCCUAGUGCUAAUAAUAAUAAUUCCAGAUGAAUGCCUCUCUAGAAACACCCUUUGUGUAUUUCUCUGUUGUCAACGUUUGUUCUGCACUUUUCAUUUUUCCUCUUUUUUUGCCCCUUUAAACAAAAGCUUUUGUUAAUGUAUUAUCUGCCAUUACGUGCUUGCAAAUAGUCACUAAAGAGGUAUAAUAAGGAAACAACAAAGUUUCAGUCAGUUAACUGUUAACGUAUUAACAAUCUGCCAAAUAAACUGUUUACAUUUUUACAGUAAUGUAAAAAGUUAUUUUUUUACUUUUUUUCUUUUGCACGAAAGGGACCACUUUAAUGACAUUUCUCAAAUUGUGUGUGAUAGAUUUGAAAUGAGUUCUGAUCAAUAAUUUCAUUUAAUAAUGCAAUAAGCUUAGAUUUAGCUUUGAGGAAAAGUUAUGUGUGGGAAGAAAGGUUAGUUGUUUUCUGGUACUUGUUUGUUUAUUUUGUUAGAUCUAAUAAAACCUAUAAAAAAUA